AGUGUGGCUUAUUGCUCAAGAAGUGAGAUGUAUUUUCCUUUUUCUCCUAAAACUAGUUGCAAGGUUUCCUUUGCGAUGGACCCUCAGACUUUUCUGCUUUCCCAAGUCCCAGCAGAAGAACGGGUUGGUUUGGCCCCAGUGGAUCAGCUCAGUUCCUUCCCUAGGAGAAGACGCAUUUGGUCAGCCUCCAGGAAAAUUUCAGAAGAAGUGAAUACCCUGUUCAAGGAUAUUGAGGAGUACAAUAGGCAGAGGUUCCGUUCUGAUGCUCUUCCUUUCAGAGAAAGUCCCUGGCAGACUCUGUUCCAGCUGGGAGAGGCCGCUCAGAGAUGGCUAAGACCACAGGACCGCACCAAGGGACAGAUUGUGGACGUGGUCAUCUUGGAGCAGUUUCUGCACGUGCUUCCUUUGGGAAUGCAGGCUUGGGUGAGAGCCAGGAAGCCAGGUAGCAGCCAGGAGGCAGCUCAGCUGGCUGAAGCUUACCUGCAGCAACAGUACCCGGUGGCUUUCCAGGAUGUGGCUAUACAUUUCACCCCAGAGGAGUGGGCUCUUCUGGAUAAAAAACAAAGAAUCUUGUAUUACACCGUCAUGCAAGAGAAUUCUGAGAACGUGACUUCCUUAGAGCUCUUAAUUUCCAAAUCAAAUCCAAGUCUCCAGCUUGAGAGGGAAGAAGUGUCACAGGUGGCUGAUCUCCAGGUGGUGAAAGAAAAAGACACUAUUGAUCAAGAGAUUGUAAAUUGUGAGGACGCAACUAUGGUUGAAUUGCCAGCCCAUGACAGUUUCCACAAAAGGAAAUCUGAUAUGAUCUUUCAGAAAGGAGCAGAGGGAAAGAUUCUGCAAUAUGAGGAAAGGGGGAAUCUGAGGCAUCCUUGCGAGGUUUUAGGUCAAUUCGUUUUGAAACAAACCUGGGAAGGUACAGUUGGCAAGACCGUUCCAAGAAAAAAGAGGACAGAAAAUCUGGAUACAAGAAAGAAUCCUCAUCACGAGAAGCCUGGAGCAGAGCAAUUCCACGAGCCAUUGCGGUGGGCUGUGCGCUUUGAUCCCAAACGUUCUGGAAAAAUGGAGACCAAAUCCAGAAGGUGGCAGGAGUUGUUACCGGAGUUGACCCAAGUUUCUAAGGCCAACAAGAAAAUGCCGAGGAGUAGAUCCCGAUUAGCUGCUACUGCAGCAAGAAAAAAAUAUACGUGUACUGAGUGUGGAAAAAGGUUCGAUCAGCCGUCACAAGUUAUUAAGCACCAGAGGAUCCACACAGGAGAAAAGCCAUUUCUGUGUCCUGAAUGUGGGAAGCGUUUUAACAAACAGUCCAAUCUUAAUGUCCAUUUACGUCUCCAUCGUGGAGAGAAACCUUAUAGCUGCCCUGAUUGUGGCAAAAGGUUCAACGCCAAGUAUCAUUUGCGUGGACACUACAGGAUACACACAGGGGAGAAGCCUUAUGUAUGUGAAGAUUGUGGGAAGAGAUUCCCUGUUAAAUCUUCGCUAAAUAAGCACCAACGAAUCCAUACAGGAGACCCCAAUCUGCCCAACCUAUCUGAGAUCAACUCACAAGGCAAUACCGAGGCAGUAUUACCAGAAGUGAUAGAGGUGUGCGCAGCUCCUGAAACAGAAACAAUAGUUGAAACUACCACUAGCAAUUCCCCUAUAGAGAUGACAGUGUCAAACAGGAAUUAUGUCUGUUCUGAAUGUGGGAAAAAAUUUGAUCGGCCUUCACACCUUACUAAACACCAGAGGAUUCACAAAGGAGAAAGGCCAUAUCCAUGUACUGAAUGCGGGAAAUGUUUCAAUAAGCAGUCUAACCUUACUGUCCAUUUACGUCUCCAUACUGGAGAGAAACCUUAUGCCUGUCCUGACUGUGACAAAAGAUUUUGUACUAAAUCUCAUUUGCUUGGACACUAUAGGAGGCACACAGGGGAGAAGCCUUAUGAAUGUGAUGCGUGUGGGAAGAGAUUCCCUGUUAAAUCUUCCCUAAAUAAGCACUGCCGAACCCAUACAGCAGACCCCAAGCUGUCCAAACCAACUGAGAUCACAUCAGAAGGAAAUACUCAGGCAAUAUUACCAGAGGUGACCCAGGUGUAUGCAAUUCCUAAACCACAAAAAAUCAUCAAAAUUAUAAGUCAGAAGCCCCCAAUAGGAAUUAUAGUAUCAAACGGGAAUUUGGUCUGUCGUGAGUGUGGGAAACGUUUUGCUCAGCCUUCACACCUUAUUACACACCUGAGGAUCCACACAGGAGAAAGGCCAUAUCCAUGCAAUGUAUGCGGGAAACGUUUUCACCAGCAGUCUCACCUUAAUGUCCAUUUGCGUAUCCAUACUGGAGAGAAACCUUAUGGCUGUCCUGAAUGCGGCAAAAGAUUCAACAUGAAAUCCCAUCUACAAGGACAUUACAGGAUCCACACAGGUGAGAAGCCCUUUGAGUGUGAAGACUGUGGAAAGAGCUUCCGGGUGAAAUCUUGCCUAACUAAGCAUCAGCAAAUCCAUACAGGAGAAAAGCCAAAUAAAUCUCUCUCCUGAGAAGAAAAUUCACCUGAACACCAGCCCUCUCUCU